AUGUUGACUGACGAAUCACGGAAAAGAGUUUACGACACUUUUAAAGUAAAAUUACGAGAAAACCAAGAGAAAGCAAUUAAUGCUGUGUUAUUAAAUCGCGAUGUGUUUGUUGGGACCCGCACCGGGAGUGGAAAAUCGCUGGUAUAUGAAAGCAUUCCUGUCAUAAAACCAGGUAUUGUCGUCAUUGUAGCACCUCUCUUGUCAAUAAUGAGGGAACAAGUUGAGAAAUUGAACAACUUUGGACUUGCUGCCACUUACAUUAGGAAGAACGUUGAGGAAAAUGAAAGAAUAGAGGCGGGGCAGUACGAUUUCGUAUUUGGUAGCCCCGAAAGACUGGUUGGUGAGAGGCGGGGAGAGGGAAGGACAGAUGAAGAUCCUUCCAGGAAGUGGUUUUCAAAGAUUCAGGAGCUGCGAUCUUUGUGCCCAAAUGUUCGUGUCCUUGCUCUUAUUGCAACUGCUGGACCAACUCAGAGGAGGAAAAUUUUUAAAUGUCUAUGCUUUCGACCAGGUUAUGAACUUGUUCUUGAUUCGCCUGAUAGGAGAAACAUUAAGAUUACUGUGAAACCCAUUAAAAAUAAUGAUACUAUAGACAAAGUUUUUGAUUGGCUUAUUAAAGACUUGAGACACCACAGAGAACAGUUACCAAGACUUUUGUAA